AUGGAUGCUCGUGCCGCUCGUGGCGUCUCCGCUACGGCGGUCGCAGAGGCUCUCGAAGCCAACCGCGCACUUGUAGCUGAGUUGCAAGGUCUAGAGCAGUCGCUCAUGAAGGAAGAGGCCAAACUGUUGGCCAAAACGCAGGCAAUUCGUCGUCGUAUGGCUUUACGAAGGGCGCAGCAAGCCAUGGACGCUCUGCUGCCUCGUAUGCAACAAAACGAGAAAAUGAUGCAACGAUAUGAACGAAGCCCACGCACUAGAAAGAAAACGGGGGUCAUGCCGCGCUCGUUCAUCCGCCAACAGGCUUCGUUCUUCACUGACGAGGAAGAGCGCGAGCGGAAGGUGGGGAGACCCAAGAAGAAGAAACAGAAGACGUUGGAGCUUACAGGCGCCGAAGACGAAGAGCAGAUGAGGCUCCGAGCUGUUUCAGAGCCUCCACCCAAUGCUGACACGGAGUUUCUGCGUGCGCACAGCCACGAGGCCUUCGUCGCCGGCCCUCCGACCAUUUUUUCGUCUAGAGAGCGGAAAGUCGUUAAGGAAUUUGCCGAAGAUUUUUACAUGACGCAUGCACCAAACGAGGAAAUCCCAUUACAAGUGUGGAACGGUAUUUACAAGUGGCAGGGCAUGAGGAAGUCGAGACAACUUCCCAUUGAACGCUCAGGCUUUGCCUGUAAGUUAUGGUACGACCUCCACGAGUCGUCUACCUUGCGUCUAUGUGCGUGGACUAAAGAGGAAGACGCGGCGUUAAGACGCUUAGCCACUGGGGGAGUUGAUCCUGCACUGGUGAACCAGUGGCAUGAGAUUGCCAAACGCAUGCCUAUCCCCGGAAGACCAGCAGCACACUGUCUAACUCGAUACCAGACUGCGUUGUGUGCCGACAAUGCAAAAUCCGGAUUCACACCCGAAGAAGACCAGAUAUUACGCCAAGCUGUCCCGAUUUUUGGGGAGAAGUGGAACGUGAUUGCAGAUUUACUGGACGGUCGAGUGUCGGAGCAGAUUCGCCACCGAUGGCAACUCACGCUUGCUCCGGGACUUCGACGCGGCAAGUUUUCGGUGAUUGAGGAUCGACGGAUGUUGUUAGCAAUCCGCGCGUACGUUCCAAAUGGCACUGAGUACAACCUGGAGCAAGUAGCUUGGAACGAUAUCAGUCACCAUAUCCCCGGGCGAACGCAGCCAGCGAUACGUGAUCGAUUCCUCAAUUGUCUGAACCCCGAGUUGUCGUUCCGUAAGUUUACCAAACAGGAGGAUCAGAUUAUCCUGUCUAGAGUGCGAGAGUGGGGCGUUGAGUCUGCCAGACUGUGGCCACGUCUUGCUGCUGAGCUGGGUGAUCGCACCGACUCGCAAGUAUGUCGACGCUGGAGGUUUUUGGAUCCAGAAGCGUAUGAAAAGCGCAGUCAAGCAUUAGAACAAGCCACUGCACAGCAGACAACCGCGGUGUUUCGUCGACGAUCGAUCCACCGACACGUCCCCAGUAAUAGUAAGAAACAUACCUCUCGAAGCACUUACAACGGUGAAGUUGAGCAAGGCGAUCAGAUCAAAGCUACUAGACGAGGACCAAGAGCUCGCACCAAGUGA